UCUCGACAGUCUGCUCGUCUUGACACGUCUGUUGCUGUUAACUGAGUGCAGUGCACAUUAUCUCGUCUCUCACGCCACAUAUAUCUUAUACUUGCACUCCUGUUGGGACACCUGCAGCUUCUAUCGAAAAACAUUAUACGUAUUUCGUCUUCUCCGAGCACGUCACGCGUUUAUAAUAUGGCCACUGCAUUCACCUUAUUCGUCGCCACUUCCUUAAUGGUGACAGUGGCGUUGGGCCAGCAACGCCCCGUCCCGCCGACGUUCACCAGACCUUCUGUGCAGGGUCGCGGCAUCGCUCAGCUGAACUUGGACCCACAGCAACAGGUGCCGCAGCCGUUCCGCAGGGUCUCUUUGCCCCUGUACAGAGGCCGAGGGUUCAGUCUGGACGGACAGGAGCCGAAUAAGCCUCAGGUGGCGCAGCAGACGUUCCAGCCGAGACCAGUUGAAAACGUCGAUGUUGACGUGGCGGCGGUGGACGACGCGCCCCAACCCACCAGACAAGCGCCGCAGCACCAGUUUGAGAGGACACAGCAGCAACAAGUCGACAGGGUUCAACAUCAACAACAACACAUUGACAGGAUUCAACCUCAACCUGAAAAACAGUUCCCCGGAUUCCGGCCACAGCCACAGAUACAACCCAUUGAACCUCAACAGAACUUCGUUAGGAAGGUCGUGCAGAGACCGGUGAAACGCGUACGAGUCACCGAAGAAACGGAAGUUGUUUCUAAAUCUCCGGAAACCAUGCAAAGAAUAAAACUCGAGCGAACCGAGUCUGCAGACAAACAGCGGGCGAAGAAGCCAGUGUCUCAGGUGUUGAGGCGGUACAGAGACGACAACCCUGACGGUAGCAUCACUUGGGGUUUCGAGAACGACGACGGCACGUUCAAGGAGGAGACCAUCGGCGUGGACUGCGUGACCCGCGGCAAGUACGGUUACGUGGACCCGGAGGGCGUCAAGCGCGAGUACUCGUACCAGUCGGGCAUACCGUGCGACAAGGACAGGCGGCCGCUGACGGCGCCGCAGCAACAGCAGUCGGGCGCCGGUUCGUCGGCGGUGCAGGAGGCGCAGGCCAGCGACACGUACGGCUACAUUGACUACACCAAGAACCAGUACGUCAUGGCCAACGGACAGACGAUCAACCUGAACGGCAUGGCCAAGAACAGGGCGCGGAAACCGGUGGUCCGGAAGACCGCCGUGGCGCCUCCAGCCGACGAUCGCUUCUGAGGCGUUUGCAGUGCACGCGCGCCCCGUCGUAUAAUAUGAUAUUAUUGUAUGCAUCGCGAUAUCCCUCCCCAACUGCAGCGUAUUAUUUGUAUUAUUAUUAUUAUUAUUAUUUUUAAUAUUUUAUCAAUGACGGUAUCGGAAACUGAAAUGUAAUCAGUGCUCGAAUAGGAAAAUUAAAUUAAGGGACGUACACUCUCAUUUUAGACUGGAAAAAAAAUAGCUUCCUUUGAAAUUGAUGAACGCCACCGUAUCAAACCCGCGCAGUAAUUACAAUAUAUUAUGCGAGUACGCCAGUUUACCGGCUGGUCCAUUUAACGUAAGACACUAUUAAUGUAUGUUGUCAUACAAAAGAGAAAAUCACUUAAAAAAUAAUAUCGAUAAAAAAUAUAAUUCUUUUCAAAAAUGCUGUUGUGUAACGCUUUAAUUAUGUGAAAAAAAUAUUUUUAAAAACGUUAGUAUAUCCUGAAAUAAUGAAAGUUGCAGCGUAAAAUGGAUCCCUCCAUAGAUGUGGAUAUGAGCAAUCAAAACGAAUUAACGUUUUUCUUAUUCCAUAUUAUUAUUUUAAAUAAAUUAUAAUACCUUUUAUACAACGGUUGUAUAAAUCAUGAAUUAAAUGAUUUGAAUAUUUUAUUAAAUAUAAUGCAAAAAAGGGAUUCUCUCAAAAUUAAAAAAAAAAACAAAUAGCAAAGAAGCUCCGUCCUCCCCUCCAAUUUGAGCACUGACUGUAAUACGAUGACUUGUUUUUUUUUUUAAAUAAAUAAUAUUAGGUGUAAUUUUAACGUUAAUAUAAUAUUAUAGGACCCGCUGCCACCUCGGUGUCACGCCUGCCUGACGCUUCACUAGUUUAUUGUUUUUUUUUUGUAAAAGAUCAAUUUUUAUUUUUAAAUUAUUUUAGACAGAUAAAAAUAUAACUUAGUGUAGAUAUUAAUGUACGUAAGAUGAUUAUGUAUACGCCCCAAUUAUUUUAUAUUAUAUACGAAAAAGUAGACUGUUUUUUUUUUAAAUAUAUAAUAUAGAAAUACUUGAUAUUAUGUAUACGUACGAUCAUUUUGAAUUUUUGUCUUACUAUUUACAUGCAAACUAAUGAUUAAAAAUACACUUAACUACAAUACUA